AUGGCUAGAAGCAUAUACACUUGCAUGUUCAUAAUUGCUAUUAUCUCCUUAGCAAUUAGUGGAAAAUCUGAAGCUGGUCGUAAUCUAUUACAGACCAAUAACCCAAGUAUUCCUACUAUACCAGGAAUGCCAAAAAUUCCUAAUAUGCCCAAUAUUCCUAAUAUGCCAAAUAUUCCAAAUAUGCCCUCAAUUCCAAAAAUUGGAUCAAUGCCACCAAUGCCAUCAAUUCCAACAAUUCCAAGAUUCGCAAUGCCACCAAUGCCAUCAUUCCCAAAUAUUCCUACUUCUAUUCCAUCUAUCCCAUUUUUGACUCCACCACCUCCUGAGAACUAA